AUGAUGUACGAGCACACUGCCGACAUUAGCAGCUCCCGCGGAGCUGCUGUUCGGUACCUGGUUGCCGCAGCAACAAAGAGCACACUGCAGUCAACCUUGCAGAUGCUCGAUAAAAUGGCCGCACAGUCCUUGGAGUUGCAUCGCUUCAUUGUCAUGGCAGCCGUAUCUGCGCUGUGGAGGUCCACCCCCAAUGAGGACAAGUGCGCGCUCGCCUCCAAGCUGGUUGCAACGGCGCUGGAGAAGAGUAACGCCCUCACACUCGUCUCUUCCGCCGUGGAAGAGUCACCAACACCGCUGACGAAGGAGUCCCUCACGAGCCUCAUGACGAAGGACCUCAAACUCUCUCUGAUGCAGCAGCUGCAGUUCGCCAUGGGCCUCCUCGUCGGUGGCUCGAAGGGAAAGGAAGCGGCAACGGCGUUCCUUAGCGACCUUAGUGUGUCGCCUGCCACGCUGAAGGACGACAACGGCAGCCUGUGGGCGCUCAGUGUGUUGGCGCGACAGGCAGGCACAGUGGAAGCCCUUGACGCGCAGCUGUCGGCCGUGUGCGGCGGCGUGACGGUGUUUCCACACGACGGCCGUGCCGACACACACGUGAGCCUGUCGAAGAUCAUAGGGGAGCUCGGCACCGCGUGUGUGGCGACGCAGGCUGACUGCCGCGAGCUGCUUAGCUUCUUCCCACACCCUUUCACGGAGAGUGAUGUGGCCGAGGUACUCGGCUUCUUCGCUUCACAGGGCAGCGCGCCGUCGGACAUGAAUACAUAUAACGCGCUCAUGUCUUCGGCGGGGCGGGAGCCGACGAAGGCUCAGCACAGUGCCACUAUAUCUCCCAUCCCGCUCCUCGAACUGCUACAGGAGCGGAGCGCGAGUAAGAUGGACUGGGAUGCCAUCCUCCGUUUACUCGACAAGCCUGGCGAGGAGGCGUUCAAGCAGAAACACGUCGCCAUCGUCUUUGACGCAUACUACAAGUUCAAGGGCGCCGGGGCACCGGGCACGUAUCCGCCAGUGAAAAUCUUCCUUGGCCGCUGGAACAACGUUGGGCGGCAGCGCAGCGCCCUUGAGUACAUCUUGAAGCACCCAGACAAGGUCUCGAUGCAGUCGUUGCCUCGGGAUCAGAUGGCGCCACUGGAACUGCUGGAGGGUAAUGCCGCUGCUAGUCCUACUUCCACAGGCAGUGCUGCUGCUGCUGCUGCUGCUACUCCUACACGUGCAGCGGAGACCGAGCUGUGGCGCUCUUUUCCUUUUAUUGAAGCGGCCGUGCACGNGAUCAGAUGGCGCCACUGGAACUGCUGGAGGGUAAUGCCGCUGCUAGUCCUACUUCCACAGGCAGUGCUGCUGCUGCUGCUGCUGCUGCUGCUGCUACUCCUACACGUGCAGCGGAGACCGAGCUGUGGCGCUCUUUUCCUUUUAUUGAAGCGGCCGUGCACGUUGCGAGCCGCGAUCGCACGUUCGAUAUGGAAACACUGCGCCCCGCUGCGCAGCGGCAUCCGCUGCUGCUCUUCUAUGUCCUCCUCUUCGGCACUUUUGCCGGAACGGUGA